UCUCAAAUCUAACUCAUGUCAUGAAUGUCAGACAUUAAAACGAAAAUAAGCUUUUUCUCAAAAUCUAAAGUAUUGCAAUUUGAAUAUGGUAAUCACCAGAAAAAAUGAGACGGCCCAUUCCGAAGAGAACUCCUCCAUGGACGUCGAAAUAGAAACCAGAGCCUCUAUUGGGCUCAAAGGUGUUGGUGAGAUGGUCCUGGAUUUUUCUAUAACCAACGAAACUGUGGAUAAAACCCCAUCUUUCUCUGGAGUUUCCCAAGAUGCGUGGCAAAUAGACACUGUUCUAUUUCAGUCGCACAAAGAUAGACAGAUGAUACUGCCUGAAUUAGCAAACUGCCUCGCAGUGGAGGCUUUCCUGAGGAUGUGCGAUUUGGACUACGACAUAGAGCAAAGAUCCAAUGCAGAGGCUAUGUCACCAUCUCUCAAGCUACCUUUUAUCAAAUCUGGCAGAUAUGUGAUAGCCGAACUUGAAAACAUUGUUUCCUUCGUCAACGGAAGGGGGAUUUCACUCACAGAUCAUUUGGAUAUGGACCAAAAGGCAAAUAUGAGAGCUUAUAUGUCACUGUUAACCAACGUUAUCGAAUUAGCGGAACUCUAUGUAUGCUGGUUUGAUGAGAAAAAUUAUAACGCAGUAACUACUGUGAGAAAUGGAAUCAUGUAUUCUUGGCCAUUGAAUCAUAUUCAGAAUAGGUUGAAAAAAAGCAUGGUGAAGAAGAAACUCAAAGCAAUGGAAUGGUACCAAAAGAGCAUAGAGGAUGUCUGUUUAGAUGUUGAAAAUUGUUGUGAAGCUCUCAAUGUUCGAUUCGAUCAAGGACCAUAUUUUUUCGGAAGUAAGCCUACGCAACUGGAUGCUUUAGUUUUUGGACAUCUUUUUGCCAUUCUAACAGUAGACCUACCGAAUAAUAUACUGAGACUCAUAGUUGAGAAAUAUCCAGAAUUGAUCGAGUUUGUGCAGAAAAUCGAUAAAGAAUACUUUCAAAAGCUGGAACUUGAGUGAAAAAUUGUUUAGUUCAGUUUAUAUAUUUUGAAUCUUUACAAAACUCUACAAAUAAAAUAGUAUAUGGCUAUAUUUCUUCAUAUAACCAUUACAAUAAACUAAAUUUGACAUUA